UGCCAUUUAUCAUACCUUAAAGAUUUGCCCACAUGUACCCACAUACUAACUGGUUUUUAAUUGGAUAUUCUCAUCUUAGAUCAGUACAGUACAUUUUGAUAUUGUUUGCUAAUCAGAAACAUCUUUGCUAAUAGGUUUAAGGAUUUUAAGCAAAGUAUAAAACUGGCCCACAAUUACAACCUUUUUGGAGCAUAUUCUGAACUAUCCACUAUAUCUAUAUCUUUUUUUUUCUUUGAUGUGAUGCGAAAUGUAUUUUUCAAGUACCCUUAGAACAAAGCUCUAUUUCUAGAGACCGGGGGAACCUUUUCUUCCAUUUCUUUUCAUCACUGGAACUGAGCAGCCUCCUCUUUAUAUUAUGUAUGAAAUUAUUCUGGAGCUCGGCAUCUGACAAAGAAAUGUGAAAUAUGGAUUUUCAUUAUUUCUUUAAUAAUUACAAAAUAAUAAAAAAGAUGCUGUAUUGAUUUUUACAUCUCUUGUGCCCUUCAAGUCAUAAAUCGAGACGCAACCGAUGGUAAAUGGCUGUCUUCAAAUGUAAUAUCUUGUCUUUUAAUGCUCUAGCUGUACCUCAGCUUCUCCAACCUGCGGCCGCCUGCUUCUCUAGCAUGACGCUAACCAGAUACUAAGAGAUCCUGGGAGGUGUGUGUUUGCUGUAUGUGUGUGUCAGCAGCAGCUGCGUCUGGUGUCAUGUGAGCUGCAGAUGCCACAGUGAGCUCGUAAAUGCUGCUCAGCGAGGAGUCCCCGCCGUCCAUCAGCACCUCUGAAUCACAUGCUGACUGCAGCUUUCUCUCUCUGUCUCUCUGUCUCUCUCUCUCUCUCUAUAAAAAUGGAUCUGAAGAGGGAAGCGAGCAUCUGCCACAUGCUGAAACAUCCUCACAUAGUGGAGCUUCUGGAGACCUACAGCUCUGAUGGGAUGCUCUACAUGGUGUUUGAGUUCAUGGAUGGAGCAGAUCUCUGCUUUGAGAUCGUGAAGAGAGCAGACGCUGGUUUUGUUUACAGUGAGGCAGUAGCCAGUCACUACAUGAGACAGAUCCUAGAGGCUUUGCGGUACUGCCAUGACAACAACAUCAUUCACCGGGAUGUGAAGCCUCAUUGUGUGUUGCUAGCAUCAAAGGAGAAUUCUGCUCCGGUGAAACUUGGUGGAUUUGGUGUGGCUAUACAGCUAGGAGAGUCUGGAUUAGUGGCUGGAGGCCGGGUGGGCACUCCACACUUCAUGGCCCCUGAGGUGGUAAAAAGAGAACCUUACGGGAAACCUGUGGAUGUUUGGGGCUGCGGAGUCAUCCUCUUCAUCCUCUUGAGUGGCUGCCUGCCCUUUUAUGGCACCAAAGAACGCCUGUUUGAAGCAAUCAUAAAAGGAAAAUAUAAGAUGAAUCCCAGGCAGUGGGGCCAGAUCUCAGAGAGUGCCAAAGACCUGGUGCGCCGUAUGCUGAUGCUGGACCCUGCAGAGAGGAUCACAGUGUAUGAAGCUCUCAACCACCCCUGGCUCAAGGAGAGAGACCGCUAUUCCUACAAGAUCCACCUUCCUGAGACUGUCGAGCAGCUGAGGAAAUUCAAUGCCAGGAGGAAACUAAAAGGUGCAGUGCUUGCAGCAGUCUCCAGUCACAAGUUCAACUCUUUCUAUGGGGACCCACCUGAAGAACUGCCUGACUUCUCUGAGGACCCUACUUCAUCAGGACUACUAGCAGCGGAAAGGGCUGUGUCACAAGUGCUUGACAGUUUGGAGGAAAUCCAUGCUCUGACGGACUGCAGUGAGAAAGACCUGGACUUUCUACACAGCGUCUUCCAGGACCAUCACCUCCACACAUUGCUUGAUCUGUAUGACAAGAUAAACACCAAGUCUUCACCACAAAUCAGGAAUCCUUCUAGUGACGCAGUUCAGAGAGCCAAAGAGACCUCCACCGAAGACGGGUCGAGCACGGCUUUGAAACAUCUGGAAUAUGUACUGGAGGAGAUUUCAUGCUACCCAGAGAAUGCAGACGUUAAAGAACUGAGACGGAUUCUAACCCAGCCCCAUUUCAUGGCCUUGCUUCAGACUCAUGAUGUUGUGGCACAUGAGGUAUACAGUGACGAGGCACUGAGGGUCACCCCACCCCCCACAUCACCAUAUCUCAACGGAGACUCACCUGAAAGCACAAACGGAGACAUGGACAUAGAGAACGUUACAAGAGUACGCCUGGUUCAGUUCCAGAAGAACACGGAUGAACCAAUGGGUAUCACGUUGAAAAUGAAUGACUUGAACCAUUGCAUCGUGGCAAGAAUAAUGCAUGGAGGAAUGAUCCACAGACAAGGAACUUUGCAUGUCGGAGACGAGAUCCGGGAGAUCAACGGCAUAAGUGUAGCAAAUCAAACGGUGGAGCAGCUUCAAAAGAUGCUUCGGGAAAUGAGAGGCAGCAUCACCUUUAAGAUUGUGCCAAGCUACCGCACACAACAAUCGUCCUGUGAGAAAGAAUCCCCCUCCACCUCCAGACAGUCCCCUGCUAAUGGCCAUUCCAGCAUUAACAGUUCUAUCUUGGAUUUGCCAUCAACCAUCCAGCCAAAAGGACGCCAGAUCUCCAGACCUCCAAUCAAGGAUAAAUUUUCCAUCAAGAUCUAUGUACGGGCACAGUUCGAGUAUGAUCCGGUGAAAGAUGACCUCAUCCCCUGUAAAGAGGCUGGGAUUCGCUUCAGGGUGGGUGACAUAAUCCAGAUUAUCAACAAAGAUGACCAUAACUGGUGGCAAGGCAAGCUGGAAAACACCAAGAAUGGCACAGCAGGACUGAUUCCCUCACCUGAACUUCAAGAGUGGCGGGUGGCCUGUAUAGCCAUGGAGAAAACCAAGCAAGAACAGCAGGCAAGCUGUACUUGGUUUGGCAAGAAAAAAAAGCAGUACAAAGACAAAUACCUAGCAAAGCACAACGCAGUGUUUGAUCAACUAGAUCUGGUCACGUAUGAGGAAGUAGUGAAGUUGCCGGCAUUCAAGAGAAAAACAUUAGUUUUACUAGGUGCUCACGGUGUUGGCCGAAGACACAUCAAGAACACACUCAUCACCAAACACCCAGACAGAUUUGCUUAUCCCAUUCCACACACAACCAGACCUCCAAAGAAAGACGAAGAGAACGGCAAGAAUUAUUUCUUUGUAUCCCACGACCAAAUGAUGCAGGACAUCUCCAACAACGAUUACCUGGAAUACGGCAGCCACGAGGACGCCAUGUAUGGCACGCGGUUGGAGACGAUACGCAAGAUUCAUGAGCAGGGACUCGUAGCCAUACUGGAUGUAGAGCCACAGGCACUGAAGGUUUUACGGACAGCUGAAUUUGCGCCCUAUGUGGUUUUCAUUGCUGCACCGACCAUCACUCCCGGCAUGAACGAGGACGAGUCAUUACAGAGGCUGCAGAAGGAGUCUGAGAUCCUCCAGAAGACAUAUGCACACUAUUUUGACCAAACCAUCAUAAAUAAUGAGAUUGACGAGACUAUUCGGCUCCUGGAGGAAGCCAUAGACCUGGUUUGCACCACGGCCCAGUGGGUUCCAGUGUCCUGGGUCUACUAAAACAACAAACCCAUCAACCUGUAACCUUACACCCUUCAUAACCUCACACUCUGCGGUGCAUCUCUGCAAGAAGGAAAAAAACUUGCAACUUUCCCAUGAUGCAAACAGAAACCCACCUCUGACGUUUAACAACAACAUCGAUGUACCUGCAGUGAGCCCAGUCUUGGCCCUUCACAAACUACCUAGACGUAGUGUUGUAUUAAUGAAAAAAAAUCAAUAAAAUAAAUUACUAAAUAUUGUCAUGUCUAUAUAGCUAGGAGGCAACAUUUUGUAGACGUUUGAUUUAAAGAGACAGUAUCCUACAUGGCGCAUUUUCCUGAAAGGAAUAUUUUUGUAGUUUUUCGGCACAUUUUUCUGUUUGCACCAGACUGAAAGUGCGGUAUUCCAUCUGUCCAGCCGUCCAUUAACUCAGCCAUCAUACAUAAUCCCACAUUAUCCAUGCGGCAGAGCCCAGCUGCUUUAGCACAACCCUGCGAUUCAGCUUUCAGCCGUUUCGUUUCGGGGGGGUUUUUUUUGUUUUUUUUGCCUUGUUUUUCCCCAUUUCACCCUCAUUUACACGUGGAUACUGUCUCUCUAAAGACGUACAUAAAUGUUUUAGAGAUUUGAAUGAGAUCUCAUGCAUGUGAACAUUCACGGGCGUCCAUGCUGUCAGUGUUAGCUGUGUUCAGACCGUCACCCACAGCAGAAAACAUUCCAUUCUUCUGGAUGAACACAUUCAAACAGGUGGAGCCGGUGACGAAGAGACGAGAGAGAGAGAAAAAAAAAAAAAAAAAAAGACCUAUGCACAUCCCUUGCAUUUUGGCAACUUUGUAAACAGUUUAUUUUUACCAAUCAUGUAGUAAAAUGUGUUUGUAAAUGGUCUAAAUUUUUAUUUGUUGUAAGACUAAGGGGUUCAGGAUGAAAUGUCGUUUGAGAGUAUUAAUGUCGAAUCAGAAAUCUCAUUUUUAUUCCGUGCAGUUGUUUGAAGUAGAGGUGCGUCUGCGAGGCGAAAAGACAACACGUCUGUUCAUCUGAAUGAUUCUGUACAUGACAAACUGUUUACUCAAACUGCCCUGUGUAAAUGGCUCUACCGAUGACAGAGCAGUUCUUCGGUAUGAGCGUGUUUUUUUUUUUCCUUUUUAAAUAUAUUUCCUUUUAUGUGGUGAAGAUGUCCUCUGUGUCUUCUGCUCUGUGUUGCUCGUCCAGCUCUUUCGCUCUGCCUCUCUAUGCGAGUUGGCGGAGAUGGGCCAAUGGAAAACUUUUGGUUCCUCAUUUGCCGUUUUGUUUUUCCGGAUUUUUCCCAGCAGCUGUGGUAGGUCAGGUCCUGCCCGCUCGGCUCUGCGUGACUGCAGUCGGGAUCAGUGCCCAGUUAUGUGUCUGAGAGUGAUGCAUAGUGUGUGUGUUUGUCUGACCGGUGGUGCUGUGUGUCUGAAGUAUUUCUGUAUGCAAUAGAAACUGAAAGCUAGGGUGCUGCUGCAUGUGUAAACGUUCACUUUAAGUGAAGUCUCUUACAUUCACCAAGGCUGCAUUUAUGUCAUUAAAAUAAAUAUGUGAAAUAUUACAA